AAGCGAAAACACGUCAUGCAGAUGUUUUGUGAUUUGGGAGUGUUCACGAAGAAUUAGAAUGUUUACAAAAUGACUCACUUUACGCCUUUUACUCAAAGCUUCCUCCAGUCCAUUCUUUCGUCCAUCGACAGUACAGAUCCUGUGGUGGCGAAUGCAUGGCUGGACACACUAUUAGAUGUAAUUGACUUGCUACCCAUUGAGGUUUUGGGUAAAGAGGUGCUGGAAAUAGCAGUCAAUAAGGCAAGUGAUUCACAACCUACGUUCUCCAGAUUGGGUAGUUGCCAGCUGGUGGGAAAGCUGGGAAUGAAAUUAGAACAACAAGUGAUCCAGGAUGAGUUAAUCCCAGUAACUCAAAAUCUAAGUCAAGAUGCUGAGUGGACCAUUAGGGCCUCCAUGUGUGCACAACUGGUAUCAAUCGUCAAGGGCUUAACAAAAAAUGGAGAGCAUUCUGAUGCCAAAAUUCCAGUCAGGGUAGUUCUAUCUGUUUUGUUUGAGUUGGGAGAUGAUGAAGUGGAAGCAGUGAGACUAGUUGUAGUGGAGACAGCAUCAGCAAUACUGCAGUAUCUGGAUGAAGAAUCAGUCAGAACAUUGAUGGUCCCAUGGCUGCAGAGAAUAUGUGAACAUGCUUCCAAAGUAGAAGAUAAAACCUUACCCUUAUUAGCCCAGCACUGGGCUAGAAUCUCUAGAACAAUUCAAACGCAUUUGAGAGAUGGAGAAAAAGACUGGUUCGUCGAAUACUUUUACAGCUUAGCAUCUCUUGGAUCAGCUCAUCAAACAAUCAAAGAUAAAACAAACAUGCCGGAUGUUGUUGCGCAUACGGACACGGGCCAGAAAUUGGAGAUCUACGCCGAAGUGCGUCACGCCUGUGCCGUCAAUACCGUAGCCAUGGUGCCUUUUAUUGGUGCGGAAGCGUUUUCUCAACGUAUAUCGACCGUACGUGCCUUAGCAGCCGAUCCUUACUUUGUGGUGAGACGGGCAGUUGCUGCCAACGUCCUGGAUUUGUGUCGUCAGCUCCACCCUUUCAGCAGCGUCAUCCUUUCGCUACUCAACCAGCUGCUUAUCGAUCCGUGUCCGGAUGUCACUUUCGCCUUGGUGCCUCAAAUCGGCGCUGUCAUUGAAAAUCUCGCCCGUCUUCCCCUGUCAUCCCAUCAGAGCCCGUUCGUUAAUGAAGCCAUUGUGCUGGAAACGUGUGAAGCGGCCCUCCGCUGCGAGGAGCAAGUGAUGAAUUCAUCCUCUUGGCGGAUACAAGCCGACAUUCUUUCCCAGCUGGCAGCCUUCCCAUUGUGCCUUCCUUGUCAUCCGGUUCACGAUUUACUUGUCCCACACCUCUGGCACCGGAUCGAGACAGUGCGUCCGCUUCCCUGUCGAGUUUCGGCCGCCCAAACGUUGAUGUUGUGCGUGCGGAGUGAACGCCGACGUCAGGAGAGAUCCACUUUGUGCAGCGAAAUCAUUUCACGACUCGCCUCGGCCAAAUCGUGCCACAUGCGGAUGCUCUUCUUACGUGUCUGCCCCGUCCUCUUUGAUCUCCUGUCGAGAAAGUUCAUCCGCCAGCAAUUCUUUUUACCCCUCAUCCGUCUAGCAGGCGAUAAAGUGGCCAACGUCCGGCUACGAUUCGCUACCUUGUUGCCUAAACUGCACAUUUCCCUGCGCGGCCUGGACGUUGAAUCUGAAAAGCGACUUAUUGUCGAGCUGGACUCGGCUGUCCGUUGGCUAGUCGAGUCGGAGAAGGAUCGCGACGUCAAGAACGAGCUGUCGAGCUUCUUCCGCUGGAUCGAAGAGCAAGAAGCCCAAAAUCAGACAGCCGAAGUGGCCAAGCGAUUGCAAGAGGAAGAAGAGGCCGACAAGCGCAAAGAGAUGGAAGAGGAGAGCGUGAGUCGCGAUCUGGCCGUCUCGGAAACUCCCGUCUCGCCCAAGACACCGGCGAUUGAGUCAUCCGGCGAUUCGAAACGUUCCAAUUUCUUCUCCAAAGACGAGCCCGACUCCUCCCCGAUUUUAUCGCCACCAUCAGCAGCUUCGGCCGCCCAACCUGACGAGAAGCCAGUCGCCCUGGACCCGAGCACGGAUGAAUUUUACCGCGACGCAGGAGUCCGGCUGACAACACCUGGAACGACGAUGAGCGGCGCCAACCAUUUUGCGUCAUCCAUCAAGAAUUCGGCAGCGGUUAAAAGUCAAGUUGCCACCGGGCCGGAAUCGUCGCGGAUCCCUUCCAUCCAGCAGGCCAGUCGGCUGAGACCGCCGUUGAAAUCGUCGACGGGAGCCGCGACUUGUUUGCCGCAUUUCGGAAUUGCCAGAGGUGUCCAGCAGGUGCAGCCGCAGCCCAGCAUCGCCUACGGAGUCACGGUGGCCCCACCCAUGAGACGAGACGUCCGCCGUCCGGCUAGCAACUCGGCCCAGUCCUUGAGCCCCGCCAAAUCGCGAUCGCAGGAAAAUCUGAACGUGCCUCCCAAACCUCGAGCCGCCCGUCCAGUGUCCACUUGUCUGGGCUCCAACGACCUUCUGUCGGUCAGCAAACAUCACAAUCCCUUCAUCCGCAAUCGUCACAGGGCCAGCAUUGGAGGAACGGCCUCGUUUUCGUCUCAUAAACAUGUGGCUCCUCCCAUCGCCACUUUACCGCCGGCCAGGAGCUCCGAGCCCACCCCCACCAAAUGGGGUGUGUCCCGUCCAUCACUGGCCAAAGCGACGAGCGUUUCCGCCUCUUCAUCUUCCACGACGACGACGACGACGACGGGAUCUGUGAAAUUGUCGGACAUGAAAAACGCCAUGCCCAUCACUCCGGUAACGGCCAGGAAACUGUCAACGACCAGCGACUUCCACUCGAUCCAGCAGUUUAGGAGGAAACAGCCGGCCGCCGAUAAAUUGGAAGAAUCCGCCGUUCAAAUGAUCAAAUCUCUGAAUUUGUUGACCACUCAACUACGCAAGCCUCAGACAGCGGCCGCCUUUAGUAAACUGGUCACUUCCACCAGCAAGAGCAGCGAAGCCACUCCGCUGGAAUCUUCUCCCAUGCCUCGCCGCAACGCUUGGCGACGAUCCUUGCAUUUCACCACGGCCACUUCAUCGCCUCCGCCACCUCCGCCGCGUAAGAAUUUCGCAACGCUCCCGAAAUCCGCCCAAUCCAGCAGCCACGCCACUCCCUCCUCCUCCUCGGUCGGCAGCAGCAGCAACAACAACAACAACAAUAAUAACAACAAUCUUCAUCACAAUCCUAAUCCUAACAGCAAACUACCCGUACCUGCCUUCAAGCGCAACUCACAUUUAGGUUCCAAUUUUUAAUUUCCAAAACGUUAAAUUUUUCUUUUUUUUUUGAAUUUAACCGCCUUAACAAGUUUCGAUCGAGGUGUGAUUACGGUUGUGGUUAUAAUCAGUAUUUUUUAAUUUUCUCGUAAAACAUUUUUCACGUUUUUAAAGAAAUGGGACAACAACAAAAAUGGCAGCCAAAAGAUGUCGCGUUAAGUUUUUACCACACGCAAAUGAUUUCUUAGUCCCUUUUUACUAUCCCACGUAUUAUUUUUUAUUCCGCACAAUAUCUGAGUUGAAGAACAAAAAAGAGUAAAAAUCCAACAAAAAGUUACUACCAAACGCUAUUCUUCCUCCUGCUCUUCCCCUCCCCAAGUUAUUUACAUUAUGCGAAAAACGUUUUUUUUUAACCAAAGACAAUCAUU